AGCUCAUUCACUAUAGAUGAGUGAUGUGUAUCGUGUUGGGGAAGAUGCUACGAGUGAGAAGAGCCUCGUCAUGACACCGGAUACAAAUCCACAACAUGCCUAUGUUGCUAAUUAUUUGUGGUUCUUCUUCAUCAAGGAUCGAAAAUUCCACAUUGCCGCCUUUUUCAAAGAAACCCCAGAAAUCGAAUACCAGUCAUCCGUAAAAAUAUGGUUCAAGGAUGAGCAUUUUAGCUAUUACGAGAGAUCAGAGCCAUUUCCAUUUGAAGAAAAAUGCGAGGAUACUUAUGAUAUUGAGUAUCUAGACUGGACUUCAAUAGAGGUCACAUUCAAGGUAACGAAGUUAUACGGUGAAGAGUACAUUGGUCCAGCCGAUAAAGAAUCUGAAAACGAGGAUGGUUUAAUUGUGAACGUUGCCAAUCAGAAGAUAUUUCUCUGUAUGGAGACAAUUGUCUCAAACUCGGAAGUGUUCAACAAGCUCCGCGACAGCUCCUCCGGCAUUGAGAUCACCUUGCUCGAUGUGGAUCCAGAGGUGUUUCUCGAGAUGUUACGGGUUCUGAACCCUCCGCAUAAGCGGAUAUCACGAUUCUACUUCACUGAAUUCCUCCUUCUCGCAUGCCGCUUUCGAAUGUAUCGCCUUCUCGUCUUACUUGACGAUUUCUCGAGAACAGAUGAAUAUGAUAAAAAUUGGAUAACCCGCCACUCUUGGAAAAAGUUUCAGUUAAUUCUCCAAGAAGAUCCGAGUUUUUCCAUUCAAGUUCUGGAAAGUUUCCGGGUGAAAAGGAGAAUGGAAAAACCAGUGAGACGAGUCAAAAUUCGAGAUCCAGAAAUUCAAAGUGUUCAUCUUCUUGAUGAUAAAAAAUCGUGGUUUGGAGAAGCUUGCGAGUAUUUUGCGUUCAAUAAGUCCAAACUUAUAUUCACAAUUUUGUCGAUUUGGUUUCUCGAACACGUGUUUAUUUUUACAUGGAAGUUUGCUCAAAUCAAAAAACCAUCUUAGUUUGAAUUGAACAGUGAUAAAUAAUUUAU